AGUUUAAAGUGGAAGGACCAGGGAUAGGUUCAGGGUCAACCUCUGAUGCUUGUUCUUUCUAAAUUUACAAGGCAAUUUACAGUGCAGGCACUCAACAGACUCCCUUUGAAAAAAUUAAAUUUUGAUUGGUCGAAAAUAAUUCGCGUGGUGAGGUCGAUACGUCAUUGGUCACGACUGGAAGACGUCAUGCAUGCGUGAUGUAAACACUCUCUUAAUUAGCUCGCUUUCACGACGAUAACAUCUCACAUAGACAAAGACUGAAAAGAUUUGAUUAUGGCUGGUGAUGGAUGUCUAUUGGUAAUGGUGGUGGAUCUCCACCCCCAGUUAGCAGAACAAGAAAGCAAUGUUCAUAAUUACUUGAGUGCCUGUAUUUCCUUUGCUAAUAUUCACCUGGCAGCCAAUGUGAAGAACACACUUGCUGUUAUUGCAGCCAAUCACCUGGAAACUAGAUUCCUUUAUCCUCAGAUUACAGGAAAAACGGUUGACCGACAGAAGGAUGGUAGACUUGAACUCCUGUGCCAGGUAGAUGAGAGCAUUGAAAGGGAGUUAAGAAAUAUGAUUGUGCCAGAUCCAAAGGCUGACCAGACAGAGUCUCUUAUCUCUGGGGCAAUAGGCAGAGGUCUUUUGUACAUCAAGCGGCAAGAAACAGAAGAUGUGUUGGGAAAAAAAGUUCAUGCAAGAAUUUUGGUUGUUAAAAUUUCAUUGGAUACAGGAAGUCAGUACCUGAAUUACAUUAAUACCUAUCUUACUGCACAGAAGAUUAGCACACCACUUGAUGUCUGUGUAAUUGGAAGUGAUUGUGGAUUGUUGCAACAAGGUGCAGAUAUCAGUGGUGGUUACUAUCACUGUGUUCAAGAGGUGUCAGAGCUGCUUCAGUGCCUCAUACUGAUGUACCAAGCAGAUGUUGUAACGCGAAAGAAACUAAAUGUUCCUCCACCAGACAGUGUUGAUUAUCGGGCUGCUUGUUUUUGUCACCGCACACUAGUAGACAUGGGAAAUGUUUGUUCCAACUGUCUAUCUGUUUACUGCAAAGCAGUACCACUCUGUACCACAUGCAAUGUUAUUUUUCAAACUGACAGACCUCUUAUGAAAAUAGUGAAGAAGAAGAAAUAGUAAGAGAAUUCAAACAAAUAAACAACCUGCAAGAAUAUCCUUUUUGGAUGUUUCUAAUAGACAAAAGUUAAAUCUCAUCAGAGAUGGCCAAACCCAUAAAAAAAUAAAAGAGAAGGAUCACUAAAUGAAGUAUAAUAUUGUAGUCAUCUCCUAUGUUCACCUUAUAUUAUACAGUAUCUAUAGUCAUCAGUUCAUAUAUACUGUAUACAGUAUAUAUUUUUGUGAAAGUUAAUAAUUUUCUCUGUGGUUUAGAAGGAUGUCCAACAGUAAGGAGAUUUGAUGUACAGUACAGUAUCUCAAAAAAGUAUCUGCCAGGAUGGGUCCAAUGACGUCCGAAAUGCUACAUGCCACUUGUGAUGUCUCGGGAGGGUUGGUAUGUGUGGCUCUGUGGCAUACUGAUACGUACUACUACAUUUGGUAACCAAACAUCAUAUUAAUUAUGCCGAUAUAAAUACACAUUUAAUUACUUAUGUUAAACUAUACAAGACAGGAAUGCAUAUAUCCCAAUAUCUAUCAUCUGUGUUCUCAUAAUGUUUCAUACAGAGUGUGGACGGAGACUUUUUGAGAUAAUGUACAUAUAAGUAGACAUAACAGCGUAUGAUGUUUUCCAAAAAGGAAGGUUAAGCUAAGAAGUGUACAAUGUAUCAUCCACCUUCUCUUAUGUCAGGUUUGGUGACAAUACUGUACUGUAGUCUGGUGGUCAAGGUGGGAUUAUUUUUUUUUUUUAAUACAGUAUAUACAGUAUGUACUGUAUAUAUACAGUAUACCGGGUA